UAUGCUUCUUUAUGUUGGCCUCCCAAGGAGCGCGUCCGUCUGUGAGCGUCGCCACCAAAAUAAAUGUUUUUUUUUGCAUCGAUUUGUGAGUAAAAGUGAAUGAAAGUUUGUCAGUUUGGUCCGGUUGUUGCAUGUGUUUGAACAUUUUGUGAAGAUCCGAUUGUGCUACGGUAGAAUUUCUAAGUUUUCCUGUAUUUACCGUCCAAUAUUUUUUUACAUUCAAAAUGGAAGAAGGAGAUGUCAAGUCCGGAAAGAAUUCACCCAAAACUGAGGAGAAAUUUGGCAAUUGCUAUUGCGGCAAAGACCGCAACCUGAACAUUGUGGAGCUACUGUGCGUCACCUGUAACCGCUGGUUCCACGAGUCCUGCAUCGGCUUCCAGCUGGGUCGCUUGGUGCCGUUCCUCCAGAACUAUGUGUUUGUGUGCAAAAACUGUUCCGUCACGGGGCUGGAAACGUUCCGGAAAACCCAGGCCACGAUCCCGCAGAUGUGCAUCACGGCCAUCGCAAAUUUGCGCCAGGCGUCGAUAAAGGAGGGUAAACCCCGGUUGAUGUUCAGCAAGGAUCAGGACAUUAUCCCGUACAUGGAUCAUUACUGGGAAUCGAUGACGACGAUGAGCAGAAGGUCGACGCAGUCGUGGUACGCCACGGUGCAGCGAACGCUCAUCAAGGACCUGAACACGCUGUUUACAUACGAGGAGAGCGGCGAGCACGGCCAGAUGUACGGGCUGGUGCAGGACCUGACCCAGGUCAAGCCGAACUAUGAGGAUGCGGUGCAAGGCAACCAGAACCUGGCCAAGGGCGGUGGCCGUCAGCAGAAGCGCAAGCUCCCGAACAGCGAGCAGGGUGGCGUACUGGGCAAGAAAAGUCGCGUCGGAGCGGAUGUGGGCGCCCUCGUGAAGCUGCCCGCCCACGGCUACCCGCUGGAGCAUCCGUUUAACAAGGACGGCUACCGGUACAUCCUGGCCGAACCGGAUCCGCACGCCCCCUUCCGGCAGGAGUUUGACGAAAGUGCCGACUGGGCGGGGAAGCCCAUUCCGGGCUGGCUGUACCGGGUGCUGUCGCCGAACAACGUGCUGGUGGCGCUGCACGAUCGCGCCCCCCAGCUGAAGGUUUCGGAGGACCGGUUGGCCGUGACGGGGGAAAAGGGGUACUGCAUGGCGCGGGCGACGCACUAUGUGACCCGCGGCUGCUGGUACUGGGAGGCGACUAUCGUGGACUUGCCGGAAGGAUCGGCCUGCCGGCUCGGUUGGGGACAAGAGUACGCCAACUUGCAAGCCCCGCUGGGCUACGACAAGUUUGGCUACUCGUGGCGAUCGCGCAAGGGAACUCGCUUCCACGAAUCUCACGGCAAGCACUACAGCGAUGGGUACGGAGUCGGCGACACCGUCGGGUUCAUGAUCGCUCUGCCCGAGGCGAACCCGGCCGGGCACAUUCCGAGCACGUUCAAGGAUCGUCCGUUGGUCAAGUUCAAGAGCCACCUGUACUACGAGGAGAAGGAUAAGGUCACCGAGACGCUCAAAUCGCUGAAGGUACUGCCGGGAAGUAAGAUUUUCUUCUUCAAGAACGGUGUCUGCCAGGGCGAAGCGUUCACGGACGUGUACGGUGGUGCGUACUAUCCGGCCAUCUCGAUCCAUAAGGGCGCCACCGUCAGCAUCAACUUUGGGCCGCACUUCAAGCACCCGGAGGUCGAGGAGCAGUUCAAGUCCAAGGCGAUGAGCGAACGCGUCGAGGAGAUGAUUUGCGAGCAAACGAUGGCCGAUAUGAUGUACUUUACGGAGAACGACGGCAAGCUCCGGUUGGACAGUUACAGUAUUUAGUUUCCACGCGUGACUCGACUUGUAAAUAAAACGAACUAUUUGAACCACUAACAA